AUCUUCAACUCACCGGGGAAGCUUCUCGUUUGUGCUCCUUGUCUGACCAGGAAGUGAACAAAAUGAUACUGAACUGGUUUUGUCUUUUGGUGCUUGUUAAUUUUCAUUUUUCGGGUAUCUCAGCAAGUCCUGCUCAAAAGUUUUCUCCUGGUAUUCCUAUAACACCCUCAGAAAAACAAAUUCCUGGUAAACUCACUGGAGUCGUAGAAAACAGCGCUAUUAUUCCUGGAAAUGUGACGAUUCCAAUUUCCACGCGGUCAGAAAAUCAAAUUCCUGGUAAAGUCACUGGAGUCGUAGGAAACAGCGCCACUGGUCCUGGAAACGCGGUGGCUCCAUCUUUCACGCAGUCAGCUGCUCCAACAACAGUGAUCCGUACUAUACCGGCUCCUACGUCUGGGAUAGUGCAGCCUCAACAAGUCUACCUGCAAACGAAUCCAUCGUAUUAUUCAUCGCCUCAGUACGUAGGUCAGACUCCCACGGCUUAUGUAUAUCCCGAUGGAACAGUACGCGCACCACCAUCACCACCACGAAUCAUACAAACGGGAACUAGAUUUAAUGGAAACUACAACUGGCUACCAGCUGGUGAUUCCAUCAGUUCCGGUUCUCCAAGUACCAUUUUAUCCAGUCUGGUCGGUGAUUCGCUAGGAUUGAGCAGUUCUCGUCCAUCAGGAUUGAGAAGUCCGAUCCGUCCUAGUGCCGGUCAAGCGUUGGGAGCACUUGGCCUUUUGGGAGCCGGUGCAAUAGGCGCAGGAGCGUUAUUAUUAGGAUAGCCAAUGAUUCCAACGAGAAGAGGUUCCUCAUUCACCGCGCAUUGAAGUCUUCUUAUUAAGCAAGUCUGUUCGAGCCGUAAUUGUUUCAUUAUCGCUACCUAUCAUAUGAUAUCAACGCUAUUGAACAGUUGACAGUUCAAUAACUGACUCAAUCUGUAUUAAAAAGAUCCAAUUGUUCGCCAACUCUUAUGAGAGUUUAACACAGGGAUCGACCGAUUGAUUACCUACCAAGCGAGUGUGUUGAUGUAAUUUUGUAAAAUACAUGGACGUAGUCCUGUGAAAUAAA